AUGUGGAGACUGACGAGUAUAGCCCGUGCUAAUAUUCAUACUUGUAAUCGGUUUUUGCCUGUGUCCAACAAAUCGAUUGGAACACUUUCUGUUUUUCGUUUUUAUUCUUCCAGUCUAGAAGAGAGGUACAAGGACAAAUUAUUACAAGAAGCUCAGAAACAAGGAUUCAACAGCAUCGAACAGUUGAAGGACCAUUUGAAAGAGGAUUUGGAAUCUAGAAAGCACAAAUUCAAUAGUAUUGAUCCUUUGAAGGAACUGGAAGACUAUCAACAAAGAACUCAAAUGGCAAAUAAUAAUUCCAAGAAUAUGAUGACCAAAUCAAAAGGCCCUCUCGAUCCCAAUGCUCCUAAAGUUCCAUUCAAAACAUUAGACUCCUUUUUAGACGUGACCAAGAUUGAAGAUCUGUCAAAACAGGAGGUCGAGUUUCUUUGGAGAGCAAGAUGGGCAGAGAAGGAUAACGCGUUAUGUGCUGUAAUUCCUGUCGCCAUUUAUGAUAGAAUGAUGGCCAAUGCCAAGAACAACCCCAUGUUUGUCCUUCCACUACCUAGGCAAUCUCUGUCUGAAGACGGAAAAACUGCUGGAGAACAAGGAAUGGAACUACACUAUAUACAAUGGCAGUUUGUUGGGCCUCAGACAACACAUUGUAUGAUGACCUCCCUGGCAGAAUACAAGCUACAUCAGGAGUUUGCAAGACCGCACACUACCUUUCAGUUUCAUUCGGAUUUAGUUAAGGAUAAAGGAGUGGUUUGCAUGAAUGGGCAAGUGGAACCGGAUACAAACGUCAAUGUACAAGACGCACAAUUGCUAUUAUUAAACGUUCAAAGGUUUUAUGGCGCUAUGGGCGAAGAAACGCCAGCUGCUAAACAAAGAGUCCAAUUGUUAAGAGACUUUUCCAAAGGCUCUCCUCAAUUCAGUGUUGAGAAGUUGAUUUCACUGUCCCAAUCUAUGGAAAGUUAA